AUGGCCAAGAAGCAUGCGGAGGUCAACCCUGACGUGGUUACGUUAAUGCAUGCAUUCUUGAAUACACAUGCUAAACCUAAGCUUGCCGCGAAGCUUGCAGAUGCAUACCCAGCGCUGCGCCUCGAAGAGAAAUCCGAGCAUGCGCACGCACUCUCCGAUGCUCUGGAACAGAGUGUACGCAUGUUGCUUGAGACCCGUGGCUCGUUGCUUGGUGAUGAAUUGCUGUCCGCUUCAGGAAACGUGCUAGAGGCGGACGCUAUUGGAAAAGAAAGUGCAAAGGCACUCAAGAAGGCCAAGCGUGCCGAAAAACGUGCGCUGGAAACUGCCCCUAUUGCUGUCGAAGAGAGCAUCAUUCCAGUUGAUGAUGAUGUUGUGGCUGUGCAGGAGACAGUCGCAGUGGACUCGCCUGGACCAGUGCUAAAGAAGAAAAAGGUGCAAACCGAGCGUUUUCAGCGCGUCAAGUCGGACAAGGCAGUGUUUUUGGACGACCGACUGCGCGACAUGAGUUAUGGUGCCAAGUCUGGUACCGGCGACUAUGGCUCGAGAGCGAAUGAUGACCUGAGUAUUACAAGGGGUAAAGCGUUCACCAAGGAGAAGAACAAGAAAAAACGUGGCAGCUACCGCGGCGGCGCCAUUGAUCAGGGCUCACACUCUAUCAAAUUUACCUACGAUGACGAAUAA